AUGAAUGAUCAUCAAUUCUAAUAUUGGCCAAUUUUCUAAGAAAAUGACUCGACCAAAGCUUUUUGGAAUAAAAAUCUUAAAUUAAAUCCUAAUUCAACUAUCCUUUCAGAAUAUACUAUGAAUCGAAUCACUUGGAAAUGUAAUAAGCCUACUGAAUAUCAAUUUCUAUUGAAUCAAGAUGGCCAAUUAUUUUAUAAACACAAUAACAAACUAAAAGGUUAUCUUCAACUUAAUUAUGAUAUCAGUCUUAAAAUCAUAGACCUCAAAAUUUCUAGUAAAAAGUGUGAUCUUGUACAAGUUAUCAGAAUCAAAAGAACCAAAGACAUUUUCAUUUAUAUUUGGAAUCAUGAUUAGUAAUAUUAUUAACUAUCUCAUCCAUAGAAAAUUUACAUUUUAAUUUUUUAAGAACCUAUCUUAAUUCUCAUUUAUCUAAAAUUUAGAUUAACUUUACACUCUCUCUGAUGACAUUGCUAAAGGAGGCUUUUCUAAAGUUAUUUAACUUACUCCAAAAAUCAGAUUUCCAAAUCAACCACUUAAUUAUGCAGGCAAAAUUUAUAAUAAAGAUGAACUCUUUUAAAAAAAGGAUUCCUAAAAAUUUUAUUAAUUUAUCCGUUCAGAAUGUCACGUACUUCGUAAAUUAAAUUCUCCUUAUAUUCUUAAACUCUAUGAAAUUAUAUAACUUGAUGAUAUAUUAAGUAACUAUUAAAAUAUAUAUAUUCAUUAGUAUUAGUAACAGAAUAUAUUAAGGGAGGAUCUUUAUAUUAAUACUUAAAAGAUAAAAAGAAGUUAAAUGAAAUUGAAUCAAUAUCAAUUUUAACUAAAUUAACUAAUGCACUUAUUGCUGUUCAUAAUAUUGGUUAUGUUCAUAGAGAUAUUAAAUUAGAAAAUGUUUUAAUUGAGAAAGAUAACCUUAAACUGAUUGAUUUUGGUUUUACUGAAAAAAUUUAAAGAGACAGGUUAUAAAAUAGACAAGGAACAGCUGGGUAUAUUGCACCUGAAGUAUUUAUGAGAUAACCAUAUGAAGAAGUUGGUGAUGUAUUUAGUUUAGGUGUUAUAUUUUAUUCAAUGUUAUCAGGAAGAACUCCUUUUCGAUCUAAUACUUAUGAUGGAUUAUUAAAAUUAAAUAAAGAAUGCUAAAUUGACUUUUCAGAAUCUAAAUUUAUUAAUGUUAGUUAAAAAAGCAUCCAUUUACUUAAGGCAAUGUUAUAAAAAUUACCAGAAAAUAGAAUUACUAUGUAAGAAUUACUUAAUCAAUUAUAAACUUAAACUCUAUUUUCUCAUUCUGCUAAUUUUGCUUCUACAUAAUCUAUUAUUGAAGGUUCAGUAGGAAUAAGUUUUAAUCAUUUACAAUCUAAAAAUACACUUAAAUCAUUCUAUUAAUAAAGUUAAUAUUCUUAAAGUGAAAAUUCCAGUCAAUUUUCAGAAUUUAAAUAAAAAUAAAAGAAAAGAAGAAUUAAAAGUUAAAGUAUGGAUAAAAAAGGGUACUUUCUUAAACAAUCUUCAUUUAAACCCUCAUUAAAUAAUAUAUAUUAACUCAAAAUUGAAUAUAGUUAAGAACAUAAUUUAUCUAAAGAUGAUUAAGAAUAACCAAUCUAAGAAGAAAACCUUUAAUUUUUAUCAUUUUCAUAUUACUAAUUAAAUAGAUAAAAAUUUGUGUGA